AUGCACGGCAAGAUCAUCUUCUACGAGGACAGGAACUUCCAGGGUCGCUCCUAUGAGACCAGCAGCGACUGUGCUGAUAUGUCCUCUCACCUGAGCAGGUGUCAUUCCUGCAGGGUGGAGAGCGGCUGCUUCAUGGUCUAUGACCGCCCAAACUUCAUCGGAAACCAGUAUUUCAUGAAGAGGGGCGAGUACUCAGACUACCAACGUAUGAUAGGUUUCAGCGAUUGCAUCAGAUCCUGUCGUAUGAUCCCCAUGCACAAAGGGUCCUACAGAGUAAGGAUAUAUGAGAGGGAGAACUUCGGAGGUCAGAUGUAUGAGCUCAUGGACGACUGCGACAACUUCCAAGACCGCUACCGCAUGUCCGACUGCCAGUCCUGCAACGUGAUGGAUGGCCACUGGCUGAUGUACGAGCAGCCCCACUACAGAGGCAGGAUGAUGUACCUGAGGCCCGGAGAGUACAGGAGCUUCAGGGACAUGGGAUAUGACGGAAUGAGAUUCAGCUCCAUCAGACGCAUCAAUGAAUCCUGUUAA